AUGUUUGGGACACUGCACUGGAAGUCUGGCAAGGAGACUGUAUUUAUCGAGAGACCCCAUGGGUCAUCGAGUUUGGAGAGAAACUCGGCUUGUGAUCGAUGCAAAGCCAAAAAGGUCAAAUGCAACGCUAUUCGCGAUGGCUGCAGACGAUGCAAGUCCUUGGCAAAGAGCUGCAAGUUCAGCGUGGGAAAAGCUGCAAUUAAGAAGCCAUUUGAAGCUGAAAUCGAUCAACUUCAGCGGCAGUCUUCCCGGCAUGCUGUGGCUGGCACGUUGGCGUCGUCUUCAUCGAGCCCAGCCGACACGGAAACCGACAGGGUGACAUCAUCUGAUGGCUGGUAUCAUUAUCUUGGGACAUUAUCAGAUGGUAAAGUUGACAACGGCAAAAUUCGUCAGCAGUCGCCUCCAAAGCAUCGACACAGUCGAUCAGUGGACGUGCAGACCACGCUUGACCCGUCUUUAGUCUCUGAGUUUGAUCAACGACUUAGUAGCCAGUACACGACUUUUAUUUCUAACCCUAGCCUGGAAUUUCCGUCGUUCGAAACGUUUCACUGUGCACAACCCGAACCGGUUCGAUCUGCGAUUGACACAACGUCUGAGAACAUCCACUCGCGAUCGUUGUCCACGGGCGAUGUAGCAGUACCGUACAAACUACGAUCUACAACUCGGUUCAAAAAUUAUUCCUACUCUGCAAUUGGCUCAAAAGAUGUCGGCAUACCACCUGAGGCGUCCAGCUCGGCCUCGAUUGCGUUCCCAUCCAGCAGCUCAGCUUGCCGCUGCUUGGCGGCGAUCGUCUUCGCUGUGGAGGAACUCGAGACUAAUUACAUCUACGGAAAGCGUGCCGAGCUAGACUCCAUCGUCGCAUGCCAGAAACACGCUAUCGCGUGCUGUCGUUCGCUGAUGAGGUGCGGAGACUGCAUGGCAAAGAGAGCUACCGUGGUGUUGUUGGUUCUCAUGACCGAGAAGAUCGUGACAGCCUGCGAAUGCAUCAGCUUAUUGUUUCGGGUCGAAAAUGAUAUAGCAUCAGGAGAUAUGGGGCCAAAGCUAGCUACCGAGUACUAUUCCCACUGCGUUGAUGGCAAUGAUAGCCGUCUUCCUGCAAACCCCGCCCCCGAUCUUUUCACGAUCGACUAUACCCAAUGCAGUCUCAGCAGCGCUUCAGACGUCUUUGACGCAUCAAACGGCUGGCAGGAGCUUUUUUUUGGUGACUAUGAGAUCACCUGCCCUCGGGAAUGGGAGUACUUAGUCCGCACUCUGAUUCUUAUCCAGCUGACGUCGCUGAUGGAUAUGCUUGCAGACUUGAAGAGGGCCGGUGGUAAACUUCUGGGGGAGACACAGAAAGCAAACCUGAGUCAGGCUACAUUUAGGCUCGGAGAGAUUGAGAGAGCGAUGCGCGGUGUAUAG